AUGUCUUUUGUUUUCUUUAUUUUAUUAACUUUUUAUAUUCAAGUGAAAGGAAGUGUAGACGAAUAUCGACUUUUACAAUAUUUGAAAGAGAACUAUGAUUCCUUUGAACGACCAGUAGAGAACAGUUCAGCGCCUCUUGACGUAAAAGUUCGAUUUUUAUUGAAUCAAAUUAUGGAUGUUGAUGAGAAAAAUCAAGUGAUGUCGAUUCUUGCUUAUAUGGAUUAUCACUGGAAUGAUUAUAAAUUGACUUGGGAUCCUAAAUUAUUUGGCGGAAUUCGAGAUGUACGAUUUUCAGGAGAUGAUGAUGCAAGUUUCAAACUUUGGAGACCAGACGUGCUUUUAUUCAAUAGUGUAUCGGAAUCAUUUGAUUCAACAUAUUCUUCAAGAUUCAUAGUAUCAUCAAAUGGAGAUGUUCAACAAAACCCACCUGGAAUUUUUAGAUUCGUUUGUCAAAUUGAUGUCACUUAUUAUCCAUUUGAUAAACAAACUUGUUUUCUGAAAUUGGGAUCAUGGACAUAUAAUGGACAAUAUAUUAAUUUGGAUUUCCUUUUAACUCAAAUUAUUGGUCUACACGGAAUUCCAAUUGUUGUGGAACCAGAAAGAUCAUCAACAAAUUAUGCGUCGUAUUUUGUAAAUGAAUCUAUAGAUUUGCAAGUUUAUCUACAAAAUGGAGAAUGGGAUUUGGAAGGAACACCAGGUAAACGAGUGGUUCAAAAAUUUGGAACUGACGAGUACCAUGAGCUCUACUUCUAUAUUCACAUCCGACGGCGAACUCUAGCCUAUGGAAUUAAUUUGAUUAUUCCAUCAUUGGUAAUAUCAAUGAUGACUAUUCUAGGAUUUACUCUACCACCAGACGCUUGUGAAAAGAUUACAUUAGAAACAACGGUCUUGCUCUCGGUCAUUUUCUUCCUCCAAAUGGUGUCAAGUACAAGUCCUCCUCAAUCACAAAGUGUUCCCAUUCUAGCUGCAUUCUUUUCUUGUUGCCUGAUGCUUGUAGCCUGUUCAUGUGUCUUCACAGUACUCACAUUAUCACUACAUCAUAGGAAACCGGAAACACACGAAAUGAGUCCAACGAUGAGAAAAAUAUUCAUCGACUGGCUUCCUUAUAUUCUUUGUAUGUGUAAACCAGAUCAUCCAAAGACUCCGAAACCAAAAGUUCUUGGAAAAUCAAUUGCACCGAUUCACAGAUUAUCUACUAUUCCAAUGCUCAAUCUACCUAGAGUGUCUCAAACUACUUUUCCGGAUAAAAAUGUUUUUGUAUAUCAUGAGGUUCCUGCAGUUAUAAAAAACACGUCUCGGAUUUGCGCUGAGCUUUUGAUCAUUGAACGAGAUAUCGAAAAAAUGUUGGACAAAAUUGAAGAGGAUACGAAGGAAGAUAUGCUUCGAUCGGAAUGGAGAUUCGCUGCGAUGGCAGUUGACCGACUAUGUCUUUACGUAUUUUCUGCUUUUAUCACAAUGAUUACAUGUGGAUUGAUUGUCCCACAUAUACUGGCAAACAUUUAA